AUGGCCAACCCAUACACGAAGGCGCCGCCCCUAAAGGCAAACUUGGGCGCGAAUGACCCUCUCUUUGGCCUCUUCCCGCGAAAAGUGACUGCAGCGCAAGUCACCAAGGCUCUGCACCACGAGUACAACUAUUUUACAAAACGCCCACGCUCGACCCAGUACAAGAAGAUUCUGGAGGCCCGCAAGAAGCUGCCCGUGUUCUGCCAGAUGGACGAGUUCCUCAAAAUGUUCACCAACAACCAGAUCAUCGUCAUGGUGGGAGAGACUGGCUCGGGCAAGACAACUCAGAUACCUCAGUUUGUCUGCUACUCGGACCUACCCCACUCCAAGGGCCAGUUGGUGGCGUGUACACAACCAAGACGAGUGGCUGCGAUGGCCGUGGCAAAGCAUGUAGCAGAUGAGAUGGACGUGCAAUUGGGGAAGGAAGUCGGCUACUCGAUCCGUUUCGAGGACAUGACCGAACCGGGCACCACUUUCCUGAAGUAUAUGACCGACGGUAUCCUUCUUCGAGAGGCGAUGAACGACCCCGACCUCACCCGGUAUUCCACCAUCAUUCUCGACGAGGCCCACGAGCGUACUCUGGCCACCGACAUUCUCAUGGGUCUCCUCAAGGAUCUCGCAAAACGUCGCUCGGAUCUCAAAAUAGUAGUCAUGUCUGCAACCCUCGACGCCCAAAAGUUCCAGCGUUAUUUCAGCAUCUCGGGUCCCGACAAGCCCGCGCCGCUAUUCAAGGUCCCAGGUCGAACCCACCCCGUUGAGGUGUUCUACACUCAGGACCCCGAGCCCGACUACGUCGAAGCAGCAAUCCGGACUGUGCUCAUGAUCCACCGCGCGGAGGAGCCGGGAGACAUUCUCUUGUUCUUGACUGGUGAAGAGGAAAUCGAGGACGCCUGCAGGAAGAUUAAGUUAGAAGCGGACGAACUCACCAACCAGGACCCAGACAGUGUUGGACCCCUCAUCUGUAUCCCUCUCUACUCAUCACUUCCUCCGCAACAGCAGCAGCGCAUAUUUGACCCUCCACCAACGCCUCGCGUUGCGAACGGCCCGCCGGGCCGCAAGGUCGUGAUCUCUACCAACAUCGCCGAAACAUCGCUCACAAUCGACGGCAUAGUCUAUGUCGUCGACCCCGGUUUCUCCAAGCAAAAGGUGUACAACCCACGGAUCCGUGUCGAGUCGCUGCUUGUCUCCCCUAUCUCGAAGGCUUCCGCCCAACAACGUGCAGGUCGUGCAGGGCGUACCCGUCCGGGCAAAUGCUUCCGACUAUACACCGAGAAGGAUUUCAUGAGCGAACUGGAGGAGCAAACACAUCCUGAGAUCUUGCGGAGCAACCUCGCAAACACCGUUCUGGAGCUUGCGAAGCUGGGUGUCAACGAUCUGGUUCAUUUCAAUUACGUGGACGCACCUGCACCCGAGACUUUGAUGCGCGCAUUGGAACUCCUCAACUUCUUGGCCGCUCUGGAUGAUGACGGGAACCUGACUCACCUGGGGGGGAUCAUGGCCGACUUCCCACUGGAUCCCCAGAUGGCCAAGAUGCUUAUCGUCAGUCCGGAGUUCAACUGCAGUAAUGAAAUGUUGACCAUUGUCGCGAUGUUGUCCGUACCCAACGUCUGGCUAAGACCUCCGAAUCAGCGCAAGGAGGCUGACGCCGCGAAAGGGAUGUUCACCAUACCGGAUGGCGAUCAUCUAACGCUUAUGAACGUGUACAACUCGUACAUGAACAACAAGCACGACAGCAAGUGGUGUUGGAACAACUAUGUUUCUGCUCGCGCGCUACAGCAAGCAGAUAAUGUACGGUCACAGUUGCUGCGGACUAUGGAGCGCUACGAGAUUGAGCUCGUGACGACGCAAGACGAGAAGAAGCUCUUCGUGAACAUCCGCAAGGCGCUCGUCUGCGGGUUCUUCAUGCAGGUUGCACACAAAGAGGGGGACAAGGGCAACUAUCUUACCGUGAAGGACAACCAAGUCGUGUCACUGCAUCCUUCAUGCGGGCUGGACGCGUCGCCCGAAUGGGUGAUCUUCAAUGAGUUCGUGCUGACGUCGAAGCCGUACAUCCGGACGGUUUCAGAAGCUAGGAUAGAGUGGCUUCUUGAGUACGCCAAGUCGUACUUCGAUCCGUCGACAUUCCCCGAAGGGGAAACGAAGCAGGCGCUGUUGCGGGUGCUGAGGAAGCGUUCAUUCAAGGCUGUUGACGGCGGCGCGUCCAACGGAAGGAAUAGUCCUGCGGCUAGCGACCAGCCGGCGAAGCGUUCCCUUAAGUCCGCUGUUAACUACAGCAGCAGUGGCACAGAUGCACCUGCAACUGACGCCGUCCAGUCGUUGCAGUUGCACCUGUCGGCACUCCAGUUGAGACCGUCGAAGCGUGCCCGGCGCAGGCAAGGUGGAGGGUAG